AAAUUAACCUUACGAAUUGAUAAAAUUUCAGCUUACAGGUAAAAAAUAUAUUCAUUCGAGUGUCUUUUUAAUUGACAAUCUCCUUUACAAUAAUUGAGUGCGCUUGCGCUCAGCUGUUUCGUUGAAUUCUCUCCCAGACGAUUAUUCUCACGACAAGCCAGUAUUGCCUAGAUUGAUAACGAACAGCUGAUGGUGAAGCAAAACAUUGGCAGGUAGCUUGAUAUACAAUCCGGGCUGUACUAUACGUAUGUAAUGUAUCGAAAAAGUUUUUCAGCUGUAGGGUUGUCUACAACGUAAUAAUUUUCAUGAUUAUUUUGCUUCACGAUCAAUUACCAGAACAUUAAAAUGGUUGUGGAGAAUUCUGCAUUACUAAUCGAAGAUCUACCAAAUGAAAUUCAGCUGCAGAUCCUGGAAUAUCUGAACUUCAGAAAUCGUUGCACGGCCGCAGAAGUAUGUCGAUUGUGGAAUUCUUUGGCGUUCACAGGUCGCUCCAUGGACCGAGUAUGUCUAUGCAUAGACAUUACCGAAACCAACAUGAAGUUGGUUUGCUCUACUUUGAGUAACAGUGUUAGAAACUAUCGCCACAUCACGGUUAAUUUCAACAAUCAAUCGAUUAGCAUGAUGGAUCGUUUAUCUCAAGCAAUAGGAGAAAAUGAUGGACUAGAAAGUUUGACAUUGUCGGGAAUGGAUAGAAUAGAACCAGUACAGUUUUUGAUGCUAAUAGAUAAUGUGGCUCAGUUGAAGAAAUUGUGUCUUCAUGGACAAAAAGUAAAUAGUUCAACGGAAACUAUAUCGAUAGAAAAUUCUAUGGAAAGUCCACCUUGGCUAACAGCCUUAUCCAUGGAUUCUUCAACUAGUCUUCAGCGACUUCAAACAUUGCGCCUGUUGAUCCCCGGAAGAAUUUCACUUCCGUCGAAGCCAUUUGCACGUAAAUUCCCCAAUCUCACUCAACUGCACCUAACAAGCCAGCAUCCAUCCAAUGUCGCCGUAUUCCAUGAAUACAGAAAACAACUGGACAAGAUUUCGGUCUUAGCUCCUUCCAGUCUAUUCGUCACCGCCUUCGGCAGCAUAAGUUUCCCUAAGCUAAGGGAACUUUCUAUGGGGCGGUUGGAGCUCCAUGAUCAGCUUGUGGUAGCAAAGUGUAUAAACUUUUUCCAAAAUCCCGUCCAUUCUGGCAAACUGCAGUCGCUUGUGUUUCAUCCGAAGUUCAUGAUGCGAACGCCGAUAUUUUCGACCAUUUGCGUCAAUUGCAGUGCGCUGAGAGUGCUGGAACUAAGCUUGGACUACAUGGAUGGGGACGCCCUGAAAGACGUUACAAAUCUUCAGAAUUUGGAGAAAUUAUCACUUCAAGGCACAGCGUACUUCCGAGAGACACCUCAUUGGCCAUACCAAAUAAAAACGUUGGAAACAGUGCGCAUCAGUGGCAGUAGAUUUCCGAUCAGCCUGUUGGAGUUCAUCGCCGACAUUGCUCCUAAUUUAAGUAGCCUCACGAUGGAGGAUGUGGAGAAUCCAGAGGAACUAUUCCGGAUUUUACCGGAGCUGGUAGCUACGAUUCAAAGUUUUCGAUUGAGUUACUCGGAGGGAUUUGAGAGACCGCCUACGUGUCACCCAUCUGGAUUACUGCGGAGCAUGUUCAAUUUGGAAACGUAUCAUCUGCAGAGGGUGAUUAUCAAGCAUGGCAUCCAGGGUUGGCUCCAGGAUGCGCCCCAGCUGAAGAAGGUCAUCCUGACGGAUUGCAGCACAUUGACUGAUACUCAUUUGGUGAUACUGACAACGAACUGUCCCAAACUGGAACGGCUCAAGCUCAAGCGAUGCUCGGAGAUAACGGUUCACGGUUUGGAGGAAUUUCGUUGUAGGAUUCCCUUCUGCAAGAUUAAUGAUGAUGUUAAUUGAGCUGUGAUAGAUAGUUUAACUGCAGUUAAGCCCUCUCUUUCCCAUAAUAGCAAUUGAUUAGUUAAAUUUAUAAUAUUAACCUGUAAUAUAAAAAUAUUUUGAUCAAUAAACACGUCAUUUUUCUCAUAAGAUUAA